CGCUAAGACGACCUUUUGGCCACUCCAGCCCUCUAUAUUUCUCUAUGGUAUAGUGUUUGCGCUUAAAUGUGACGCAAUCAGUAAGCGACAUCAAACUAAUGAGACCGAUUGUUUGACAAGUGAUUUGUUUGAUAUCAUUGUAGUAGCGGUGCAACUUGUUUCACUAUUGCAGAAAUGUGGUAAUCUCACGCAAUGCGUCCGGUGUGGUCAGCAUGUAACUAGUGCCUAUUGAAGAAUCUUUUUUCCUGGGGAACUUUUGUUUAGAAUUUCCCCGAUGCUCAUUCUGAACGUGAACACGCAUCACUUGCGGCUUCUUCCUUGGCUCCUAAGAAGAGUUGUUGGAGCAGGUUGUGAGAAGACGACCCACGGAACUGAACGCUUGUUGGUACGGUGUAUGUUCACAAACCCGCCAUUCCGGAGUCCUGCAUAGGAGGAGCAGCAAGGCCUAGUCCCUGAGAACCUACAUUCUCCACCAUCUGAGAGACUGGUGUGACUCAUCUAGAGAGUCCAUCCACUGGGGAGCUCCAUGGUACAGGACCCCUGAAGGGCUGGGACCAGCACUGAGGGCCAGAGGCAGCCGUGGCGAGAUGGGGUAGGGGCUGAGGACAGAGCCAUGGUUCAUAACGGCUCAGCCCCCCACACGCCGCCAGCACAAGUGGGCACCAAUGGCCGCUCUUCUGAGAGGAAGAGGACACCGAAGGCAUGUGACUGCUGUGGGCCCAACUCUAAGCUCCAUGAUGGGAAGGCCCCACAUGGGAAGAAUCCGGGUGGCAAGUCCCGACAACGCAGGGCCCAGCCGGGGAAGGGCAAGGGCCAGGCACUGGGGGAGAUCCCUAAGAGAAAGGGUGGUCGCCCAUCUUAUAAGAAGACCCUGAUGACAGAGGAGCAGGUAACAGCCAUCCGAGAGGAGCUGGAGAAAGACUCUGCUGUGGAGCAGGUAACAAGCCCUUUGCCCUCACCUGUAACCAACUCUGUUGGUCAAACCUUAUUGAACUCUAUGGGUCAGAAGUUAACGUACACUAUGGUUAAACUGGUGAAUAAGUCUGUGGUUCAACCGGUAACGACAUCAGUGGUUGAGCAUUUUGCUGAUUCAAUAAUAGAGCAGGAGAGAGCCUGUGAAGGGGCUGUGUGUGAGGGGGAAAAGGCCCCUGGUUCAGUCAAACAGCCGGUUAUAGACCCUAAGAUGGAGGUCAUAAAGCAGCCCCCGCCCCAGGCUGGUGACCCAGCUGUCUUCCUUUCCAACGGUACAUCAGCUGUCCCCAAAGAGGAACCAACAGACUGUAGCGCCCCUAUGGAGGUGGAACCAUCAGCCAUAGCCUGUGUUUCCCCAGGCAUUAUUCUGUGCAGCACCCUACACACAUUUGCUCUGUGGGACCACCGAGAUUACUGCAAGAUAGGUGUGUGGGCUCAAAGACUUGAGCAGGGAAGUGCCACAGACCUAGCACAGCAGUCUCAGCCAUCACCACAACAACCCAAACCAGAAGAGGGCAUCCAUGAAGGAAUCAGAGACCUCAUCCAUGAGUUUCUGGAGCUCUUCUAUGUGACGUACGGGAGUUUCAUCCCCCUCAGUGAGACUGAUGUCUUGGAGCACCUGAAGAACAAGUGUAACACGGACUUCAUUGACAAGAAGCUAAACAUCCAUUUAGAAGUUUUGAAGUACAAAGCGGGUCUAGCCUCCAUCCCUAUGAACUGCUUUAAAGUGGACUACAACAAGCACACUCUGACCCUGGAGGACCUGUCCACACUGGACGAUCAAAACUGGGUCAACGACCAGGUGAUAAACAUGUAUGGCGAAUUGAUCAUGGAGGCUACAGAGCACAAGGUUCAUUUCUUUAACAGCUUCUUUCACAGGCAGCUGGUGGCCAAAGGCUAUGAAGGGGUUAAGAGAUGGACCAAAAAGGUGGAUCUGUUUUCCAAGAGUCUGCUGCUGAUUCCUAUCCACCUGGAGAUCCACUGGUCCCUGAUCACAGUAGACAUGGCCAACCACCACAUCCACUACUAUGACUCACAGGGCAUUGUCUUCAAAUACACCAUAGAGAACAUCAUGAGAUACAUCCUGGCCGAGGCGAAGGAGAAGAAACAAGCUACCUAUCAGAAUGGCUGGAAGAUGAUUAUAAACAAGGGUAUUCCUCAACAGAAGAACGACAGUGACUGUGGAGUCUUUGUAUUGGAGUACUGCAAGUGCCUGGCUUUAAAAGAACCGCUGCAGUUCACACAGGAUGACAUGCCCAAAGUCCGCAAGAGGAUUUACAAAGAGCUCUGUGACUGUAAACUGAGUGACUGACUGACCACAGCUGAGAAAGUACACCUGCCUCUCCAGUGAACCGUGGGUUAACAACUGUUAUUGCACAAGGGCCAUUUAACACUUUUUUUUUUUUUUUAACUACUAGAGCCAAGGAGAAACUGAAGGAAAUGCCGUAGAGACACGACAUUUGACUGGUGACAGUAUUUUCUCUCCUUCAGAGGAGGGCCAGCGGUGCAUAUUCUGCAAUAAUUGUAUUUAUUUUUAAAUGCCCCGUUUUUAAAAAAUAAUCUUUAACGGGAGGGAGGGACCUGAGACUUUGAAUUCCUUUGGGAGUUGAGGUCCACAAAGUUUCCAUUGUUGACUGACUGACCUGGGUCUGGAGCUAAAGCUGCUGCUAUAAGGUUUCAGAUGCCAGUGACGGACCUAUAUGUGCUGAUAGCGUUUCCUAACUUCAGUUCUUGAAAUGUAAAUGGCAGAUUAUAUGGGACAUUGGGUGAAAUUUGAAGGUUCUUGUUUUAUAUCAUGUAAUCUCUGCCUGACUAGUGCGGUAAAGAACAAGAAGACUCAUCAAAGGCUAGCUUUUAAUUGAAUGUACUGUUUUGUUACUACCGCUCUCUUGGGCUAGAUUCCAUCUGUAUCACGGACGAUCCACAGUUUUACAAAUUAAAGGUAAUUUCCAAUUGCGCUGACAUGCAGCAUUUACGUGAAUGCAGUCUCUGCGAACGCGGGAACAUUGUCUUGAAAUGUAAAUCGAGCUAUAACGUGGAUCUUUCCCGCUAGGGAUUGAAUUCAUCUCUUAGUUCUUGUGAAACUCCUUCGCAUCAAACAGCAGUUGAGACAGUUAAGCUUAGAUUCAAUGUGGAAGAUCCGAACUAUAGGGAGACAUUUCAAUGUUUCUGCAUUCGGUAAAUAUUACACGUGUCGGCUCAAUCAGAAAUUACAUUUACAUUGCGCCAUUACAUUGAUCUUUCAGGAGUUAAGUGGGAGAUAUUUAGUUACAAUUGGCCAUGCUACUCCACUGAAAAUGGCUUCAUAAACACUGCUCUUUCUACUUCUGUCAAAUACUGUACAUCUUAUUGUUUUUGAACCGCAUAUCUUGACAUAGUGUACUGAGGAAGAAGUAAUGCCUUUUUUUUUUGUAUGAGGGGCUGGCAAGCUAUGGUUCUCAUUGGAGGACCACCAAGCACUUGAGCUGACUCAGUUGGUGUCAGUUACCCAUCUGAGGGAGCUGGUCCACAGACUGGGUGUAGUUGGGGAAACGCUGCUGUCGAACAUGCUGAAGGAAUCCAUCUAUACUGUCAUCCAUUUCAUUCCAGAACACUAGGUACCAUUAGAGAUCAUGUUCACAGCAUUCUCUGUACUAGGGUUAAAUCUGUUUAAUCUUCGUUGAGAGAGACUUUCUGUGUUUUAUUUGAUAUUGUUCUUGAUUUAAGCUGCUGUGGUAGAACCUAAAAUAUUGUAUUGCAAUUUAUUGAUGUAAUACAGGGUUAUACUUAGAUACCCAGGGGGGUUAAAUUGGGAUUCUCUAGAUGUGAAAACUGUCCUCAAAAUUUCAUGUUAAUGGAAGUUCCCAAUGUAUGCGUCUCAUCCUAAACGGUGGCACAGUUUCCUUUCUAAGUUGACUCCUGAAUACAUUCAUACAAACACCAUGAUGUAGCUUGUAUGACUCAGGCAUUAAUUUUCUCUACAUUGGUUUUAAUUCAUGUUUGAGAGAUUACUCAGUUGUUGCAUCAGGAGGAUGCAACGACCCAGAGGCCCAGCCACACCGAACAUAGGGGUAUCCUAUGACACAAGCUAGAUCUACUCAGGGUUUUCUAAAGCUAACCAGCUUGUGUUAGCUUCACAUUCCAGGUCUGGCGUUUUCUGUAUUAGGACGGUGGAUAUUGCUUGUCCGCCUGCCACUAACUCUAGCAGGCUUCUAACUGCGGGCUAGUCGAAUGCUGAACUCUUCAUUGAGACACUGAAACAUCAAUUCAUGUUUCAGUCCGUGCCACAUUUUCAUUUGUGCCAAAAUGUAUUCUUGCAAAUUCGGCAAGCUACAGCCUCAAUCCCAAUUGUGUGAAAAAGGCUUUUAUAAGUGCCGGCUUAAUUGUAUUGUUAAUGAUGUCUUUGGUGUGCUUAUCAAUGCAUAAGCACCUUUUUCCUUCCCACUCCUAUUGCUAAAAUAAUUGUAUCAAUUUUAUUUAUCAUACUAAACUUUUACUGUGUAUAGUUUCAAAUGCAUUCUGUAAAUACAAAAUAAUUUGAUGGGUAUUUUAACAUGUUACUAUUUUUAACAACCAAAAUGGAUUAAUAAAAUAUUUAAUCAGUC